UUUCAGUAAUUCAGAGCUAUUUAUGUACCAAACUGUGAAAAGAGGAAUGGAGUUCUUAUUAAACUUGUAAACAAAAACAAAACAUUUUCACUGUAUGUAUGCAAGGAACCUUCCUCCAACGGAAUCAUGAGUAAGAUGGACAUGGACCCACCGCUGCCAGAUGCCCCUUUGCCAACUGCCUCCCCUAUCCCAUCCACAUCCCCCUCUGCUCCAGAUUCCAACCCCUCUCCCUCCACACCGAACCCCUGCCCCACAGCCCCGCCCCAUGCACCGCCCCAGCUGAGCCCCUCUAAGCUACGUCCUUCGGGGAGUUUUGCAGCGCUGGCUAAGCACCUGGUCAUGCAGGAGAAAAUGAAGGCAUCAGGAGAGCUGCCCACAACGCCCCCUACUGACAGAACCCCACCUCACACAGAGCCACCUGAUAAGGAAAAGGAGGAGGAGGAAGAAGAGGAGGAGCUGCCAUUUGAGGAGCUGGAGGAGUGGGCGAAGGCUGGAGAUGCAAAAGCCCAAACUAGUCUCGGACAGUACUACCUGAAUUUGCCAGAUGAGGGCAACGCGGAAGCAAACAGCUGCAAAGCUGUGGACUGGCUGAUCAAGGCCGCCAAACAGGGCAGCAAGAAGGCUGCCAAGCUACUGCGCCACUGCCUGACUUAUAAGAAAGGCAUCACCCCAGAGAAUGAGGAGGAAAUGAAGAAACUGGCUAGUGAAACCAAGUUUGAGCGCGCAGUCAGGAAGGCUGCCAUGAUGAUGUACUGGAAGCUGAAUCCAGACAGGAAGAAGAAGGUGGCAGUGACUGAGAUGCUGGAGAAUGUUCAGCAGGUCAACUCAGGUGGAGCUGUGCCAGGCUGUGCUCCCUGUGCUGUAGAAGACCAGAAAAGAGUUCUGAAGAGCAUGGUCAGCAGCAAGACUGGUAAAUAUGUGGGUUUAGAAGAUUUUGUGGAAAUUACCAAAAAGUUCACGCAAGGUAUCACCCCCUCCCCCACACUGGACAGCAGCAGGGACCCUGCUAGGGAGGAGGAUGAGGAGGAGGAUGCAGUGAGGAAGAGAAGCCUGAAUGAGAAGGAGGACCAUAGUGGCCUGAAGGAGUCGGCGUAUCACAGGAUGCUGAAAUCGGACUGGGGAAUGGGCGGGGCUGGCUUACUGAAUGCUGACAGCCGCACCGCCAUGACGCGUGCACUCAAUAUCAAGUCCCACUUCCUGAUUCUGCAGUACCCCCUGCAUGCGCUUAUGGAAGUGAAGGAGCACCUUAUAGACUGGGCGUCCCGUGCCGGACUGCAGUGGCUGAGUGCCCUCAUCCCCACGCACCACGUGAACGCCCUCAUCUUCUUCUUCAUCAUCAGCAACUUCACCAUUGACUUUUUCGCCUUUGUCAUCCCUCUGUUUAUCUUCUACCUCUCCUUUAUCUCCAUGGUGAUCUGCACUCUGCGGGUCUUCCAGAACAGCAAGGCCUGGGAGAACUUCCGGGCCUUGACCGCGCUGCUGUCCCGCUUCGAGCCGGGGCUGGACCUGGAGCAGGCCGAGACCAACUUCGGCUGGAACAACCUGGAGCCAUACCUGUACUUCCUGCUGUCCGUGUUUUUUGUGAUCUUCUCCUUCCCUGUGGCGGAUAAGGCGUGGAUCCCGUGCUCGGAGCUGGCCACGGUGGCCAUAUUCUUCACGGUGGCGAGUUACGCCAGCCUGAGCAGCACCGCUGGGACCUACAUGCGGCGGGCGCUGAUCAUUGAGGUGGCGUCCUCCGCCUGCGCCCUAACGGCUCGGCUGCCCGAGCGCAUGGCCGUCGCGCGGUUGCUAGGGGCGACCUUCGCCACGGUGCCGCUGGGGGACUGGGUGGAGCUACGGUUGAGCGCCCCAUGUCUGCUGUACAUGUACCUGUUCUACCUGUUUUUCAGAAUGGCGCAGUUGCGUGGUUUCCGUGGCACCUACUGCUUCCUGGUGCCCUACAUGGUGUGCUUCACCUGGUGCGAGUUCUCGGGCGUGCUGCUGCAGAGCGCCACGCCCGUGGGGCUGAUUCGCACCUGCGUGGCCUGCUUCCUGUUCCUGUUUGCUUUGCCCGUGCUCAUGCUGGGCCUGGCUGCCAUGCUGCUGGUGCAGAUAGCCAAGUGGUUCCUGGAGCUGCAGCUCACCAAGCUGCUGGUGACGCUGGCGGUGUGCGCGGUGCCGGUGAUCCUGCGGCUGUGGACGCGCUUCAGCCUGUCUCCGCUGGACGUGCUGCGGGCGCUGGUGCGCAGCAGCGCAGUGAAGCUCAUCCUGUUCUGGGUGUCCGCAGUGCUGCUCUUCUGCUGCGUGUACGUGCUGCGGGCCGAAGGCCUGAAAGCGCGCGACUCCUCGCUCUCCUGGCGCCAGUACGCCGACGCCUGCGGGCCCCCGGCCUGGCAGCACACCAGCGUGGCGCACACACAGAUUUUCUGCAGCCACCUGGAGGGCCACCGCGUCACCUGGACCGGCCGCUUCAAGGGCGUGGCCGUGGCUGAGACAGAAAACGGCCCCCAGUCUGUGAUCAACCUGCUGCCCACCUUUGCUGGAGACUGGCUGCGCUGCCUGUAUGGGGAAGCCUACCCUGACUGCGGGAAAAUCACCGCCCAGAACAGCACCGCCCAGAACAGCACCGCGCUGCAGCAGCUGGAGCUGCAGGAGCUCUGCCGCCUCAAAGAGCUGACGAGGCACAACUGCCACGUGAAGCGCUUCGACAGCCACCGCUUCGAGGUGACGGUGGGCAUGCUUCCGGAGGAGCUGGGCGCGGAGGCCACCCCGGACGUGGCUCUGCGGGCCAGCAGCGAGUUCCGGCAGGUUCUGCUGGGCAUGGAGGUGGGCAGCGUGGUGGAGUUCAGCGCGGUGCUGGAGGCCCGGCUGGGCAGCCGGAGCCCCGCCCUCCAGCUGCAGGCCAUCCGCUCCUCCGCCCUGGCCGCCAGCACGCAGUACAAGAUCGAGCCCGAUUGGCGGGGCGCCGUGCUGCGCGCCAUCAAGUUCGCCUUCGACUUCUUCUUCUCGCCAUUCCUGUCGGCCAGAAUCCACGUGUAGCGGGGCAUUGGGGGGGUCUGAAGGGGGGCAAGACUGCAUGUGUGUUGGCUGCAAUAG